UGGUGCCAAGGACGGACGGAGCUCUUAGCCGCAGCAGUAUACGUAUGGUAGCAGAAGGACGGAGGUCGGCGUUUACUCCUGCGGCCUAUUUUCAAAGCGUAACCUGCGGCGUUCAACGACGAGUCCGGUUGUUGUGGAGCCUUUCGCUUGUCUUUACAACUUCACUCCGUGCGGUAUGUACUUCGUUCUUUGUGGUCUGUGGUUGUCGCGCUUGUUCGAAAUAUUCAUCCCGACCUUAAUCCGAUAUCAUCUGCUUAGAUUCACCUGCGGUCAAAUCGAUCUUCCUAAGGUGGAUAGCACUUAAUGCGUUCAUCGUCACCUCGUCAUUUGACCCAUAAUCCUUAAUCCUUAGAUCCUCCCCUUUCUGCGUUCCUCUUUGGCCGAGAAUUGGUCUUCUGCCAUCCGAUGGCAUUAUAUAAGGACCUGCUGGAGACGACGAUUUGUGGCAUGGCCCUUUCCGGAAAACAACUGUCCUUCGCCAUGUUCUCCAAGUCGCUAGCCAUCUUUACUGCUCUGACAGCUACUGUCAAGGGUGCCACUAUUGCUCCUCGCAACGCUACCUCUUCUUCUGAUCUGCCUCAGGUUGUCCUCAACUAUUCAACUGUCCAGGCUUACGAGUCUGGUACGACUUCUGCAGGAACAUACUAUGCUUUUAAAAAUAUUCGAUAUGCCGCUCCCCCGGUGGAUGAUCUCCGCUGGGCUGCUCCCCAAGAUCCUGUACAAGAGGACUCAGUCAAUGAUGGGACCUGGUCAAACACUACUGGAACUCAAGGGUGCAACGUGGCUGAAGAUUGUCUUUUUCUCGAUGUGUACGUUCCUGAGAGCGCACUCAAUGGUAGUGAGAAGCUGCCUGUGCUCUUCUGGAACUAUGGAGGUGGAUGGGUUGGUGGUAGCAAAAAUGAAAACACCCCCGAGGGUCUGUUUGAAGUCGCCAAUAACAGCUUUAUUUUCGUCGCUUACAAUUACCGACUUGAUAUCUUUGGAGUUUUGAACGGCCCUACUCUGCAACGAUCUGGCGGAAUCUCCAAUGUUGCUAUCUACGAUGCUCGGAAGGCUCUUGAAUGGGUGAACACUUAUAUUAGCCAGUUUGGUGGCGAUCCGGACGAGGUCACCAAUUGGGGGUUCUCUGCCGGUGGCUCUCAGGUCAUGUGUGCCAUCACCGCUUUUGGUGGCAACAAAUGGACUCCUUACUUUAAACGAGCUGUGGUGAACUCUCCUGGUUGGGUGCCUGGUGCGGGACACGCUCAAGCGGAGCGCUUCCUUCAAAACGUUACCGAAUACGUCGGCGGCUGUCCUAUCAACACUCCUGACACCAUUCAAUGCUUGCGACAGGUGUCUUUCGACACCCUUCUUGCGGCGAGUCAGAACAUUACUUCCACCUACAGCUAUCAGAUGCAACCUAGAGCUGAUGGCGUCGUUCUUCCUGACACUGCUGAAUACCUUCUCUCUAUUGGACAAUUCCACAAGGAGGUCCAGGUCUUUCUGGGCCAUUCAGCUCAUGAAUUAAACACCCAGAGUACUUCGGCUGUCACAGAUGAUGCUUCCUUCCGAGCUAUGUUCAAAACCAUUUUCCCCUCCAUCACGGACUGGGCUAUCGACCUCAUCGAGGAACUUUACCCUGCUGAUGAUUAUUCUUCCCAAGGCUUGAGAUUCGCAGCCGCCAGGCAGCACUAUGACAUUCCCGGCAAGCUUCUGCCUCUGACCAACGCUUUCAGCAACCAGACCUACAACUACAUUAACUACCUCGGUGCUGCCACUCACGGCUCUGACCAAACGUAUUGGUGGUAUUCUGACUCUUCAAGCUCUGCUUCCUCCUCUUCUGAAUCCACUUCCAUAUCAACCUCUGCACAGGCUACUGCCUCUGCUUCUUCUUCUUCCGAUGAAUCCAGUGCCGAUGCUCCCACCGAUGGUGAUACGCUGCCUGGCAGCAGCUCCCUUUCUUCUUCCGAGAUCCUUGUUGCAAAGCAAAUGCAACGAUACCUCACCUCUUUCGUCCUCACUGGUAACCCCAACACUUACUCUAGUCCUGGCUCUGGUAACAUCACAUAUGUCGAUGACUGGCCUCUUUACGGCUCCGACGAGAACGUUCUCGAGUUCCAACCCUCUGGUGCUGGCUUCAAUUUGACUAGUGAUGAGCUUGACAGUCCUCAAGUUGUCUUCUGGAAUAAGGUGCUUUGGUACUAAUCCCAUUGUUGAAGAAAUUGUCAACCUGAAGGGGUAAGGCUCCUAAACAAAUAUCAAAUACUUCUACAGAAUGAAAGUCAGAAUCGAUAUAGUAUAAUGCUUUUAUCGUAUGCAAGGAUUGAUUGAAUCUGAGUCUGUACAUGCUGAUGAAUAGUCUAUACAUGCCGAUAAACCAUUCUUACUAUUGUAUUGACCUUGGGCCAGUGAUAAAAUAAUUGCGGC